AGUUUACCAAAUUACUUUCUGAAAAAACUCCUCUCAAAAGAUGGCAGGAAAGAAGAACAUCCAAGCAAAAGUCUGUGCAAAGAUGUGCAAUGCAAAGAUUUUUGCUGGAAAUUUUUUCUCGAAUUUAUUAUCAAUAUGUUGUCUGUUUGUUGAUGGUUAUAGGUGAGUGGAAAUGAUACUCUCAACAAGAUAGCUUUACUCUUUGAUACUACACCGUCUGAGUUAACAAGAAUGAACAAGCUGACAUCUCGUAUGCUGUACCCAGGACAGGUUUUGUUUGUCCCAGACAAAAGUAAAGUCAUCAGUGAUGAGCCUCUACAAGAAAAACAUUUGAAUUGUAAUGAAAAUAAGACUAAAACACAGACAUCUCAUGAUAAGCAUGAAAAGAUAAAACUCACUAAGAAAGUCUCUUUGAUGAGUGAUGAUGAAGAAGAGAUAACAGAGACAUUCCUGAAGAUCAAAGCAAAACACAUAACAGAUGGGCAGGGUGUGGUCAAUGGGGUAGUUCUCAUAACACCUCAUUCAGUGAUCUUCAAUCCUAAUGUAUCAGACCCAUUGGUCAUGGAUAGAGGUAGAGAUUGUUAUUGUAUUAAGACACCAAUGUCUGCCAUCACUAGUGCUGCUUUGUACAAGGACAUUGCUGCAAUGGCUAUCCAUGAUCCUCUGAAAUCUGGAAGGUUUUAUCUUGAUGAAUCGACCCGUGAGUCUGUGAGUCGGCAAAAUAGUGUCGACAUUGAUACAUCAAAAUCUCCAAGGCAUUCAGACUUGGAGUCUUGUCAAGGAAUAGUGGAUAAYRAUGUGAAGAUACUGCAAAAGAAUGAUAUAAAUAGCGGUUUACAAGAACCAUCGUCRUCUGUAAUAACCAGAGAAAAUAAUGAACAGACUUCACUUUCAGAACAUGAACAGCUUGUUCAAAUUGCUAAUGAACUUCUWACUGAUUUAAUAUCUGAUGUUGUUGGUAAUGUUUGUCAGGAACAAAAGCCAACUUAUCUCCCAUGUARUGAUGAAACACAACACAGUUCAUUGGAUAAAAAUACAAUUGCUCUUUCUCCRYUGUCAGAGGACUCUGGGAUAUGUUCACCACAGAUUAAAUGUAAAACAAAAGGGACAAUUUCCUUAGGGGAACAAAGUAAAGAUGCAAAUAAGGGACCUUUGAGUGGUUGUGAUGAUAAUAAGAGCUCACCUACAUGUGCAAAUAAGGCACUUACUGACCAUGAUACCAGCCAUGAUAGUAUYAUGGAAAACACAGAGAAAAGACAGUCUUCAUUUUUUGAAAACCUUAGUGGUGAUGUAAAGUAUUGGUUAGGAAUAAGCUAUAAGAAUGAAGAUGAUCAUGCCUUUGAAGAAGAGAUAAUACCUCGACCUGCUACGACAUAUGAAGACAAUCUGGUCUACCUGUGCUUAAGGAUUAGUAAGCAGCACUGGUGCUUGUGUUUAGCAGGAGGGGAGGGGUACCACAGUCACAAAGACUCUGAGAAUGUCAUGAAUAGAGACAAACGAAGAAGAGAGCACUGGUUUGCUAUUCCAGCUUCAAGGAUUGAACAUGUUUAUGACUUCAUUAAAAAACAUUGUCAGAACAUUAAAAGAACCCUGAGCACUAGUGAGGAAGAUGACGAUGAUGACAAUGUUGCAGAUGAUGACGAGGAAGAAGAAGAGGCUAUACGCUAUGUGGAUGGUUUUUAUUCUUGUACACCUCCUAAACCCAAGUGUUAUUACACCAGAUUUAUGCGAUGAGAUGAUGUUUAUGCCAGAGAUGUCAUCAGAAUCUCAGAUUCUUUCACCUGCUUUUAUUAAAAAGUUAAACAAGAAUCUGCCAUCUCGUGCUGUCGGCCAUGGAUGGACUCUAGUCUACAGUACAUUCACACAUGGUUUUAGUUUAAAAACAUUGUACAGAAACAUGGAGGAGUUUGACACACCAAUGUUGAUAGUUGUACAGGAUGACCGACACCAGGUUUUUGGUGUUGUGACGUCAUGUCCUUUAAAGAUCAGUGAAGGUUUCUAUGGUACUGGUCAGUCUUUCUUGUUCAAGUUUGAUGAYGAUGAUGAUGAUACAAUUAAGAUCUAUCCAUGGCAAGGAGAUAACGAUUUCUUCAUCAAAGGCUCUGUUGAUUGCAUUGCAUUUGGUGGUGGAGGGGGGCACUUUGGCUUGUGGUUAGAUGAAGACUUCUAUCACGGUAGCAGCCAUUAUUCAGAAACCUACCACAAUGACGCAUUGUCUGACCAGGAAGACUUCCUGUGUAGUGCUCUGGAAGCCUGGACCUUUAUGUGAUCAGGGCUUCAUGUGGUUUGUAAUUUGAUUGACAGCUGCCCUACUACAAUGGCGUACUGUCUGGUCAAUGAAUAGGACGCCCAGUCUAGUGYUSUGGAAACCUGUACGUAUAUGUGAUCAUGAAUUGGGCUUCCUGUGUUCUCAAUAUGAUCCAUUCGAUGUAUAUUUCACCUCAGGCCUCUGAAGAAUGGCAUUAUUAAUCACGUGAUCUUACCGCAUUGAUUGAAAGUUGUCAAUCAUGGCAGACAUUGAGAGCUACUGGUUAGACUAUCCACCAGAUAAAUCCCUAUUUAGCUGAUAAAAUCCCUUAAAAAUGGAUAAUUUUAUGGUGAAUAACUUUACCCAUCUUUCGUACAACUGGUCCCUGAAUUGUUAAAAAUGGUGAAUGUUGAUGAMGUGAAACGAAAAUAGUCAUUAUGAACAAGAGUGGUUUCCUAAACCCCUGGAACAAGUUGAUGAUUUUGUUUGAAUUGGUGCAGUCAGAUUCAGUAGCAAAACAAUUUAAGUGUAAUAGMGAUGAAUACAUUAAACGUAUUUCACGGGCUUAAAGGCCCGCGUGCUUCCAAGAACCACUGCACGAUUUUCUCAAAAAAUCGGCAUCUUUGAUUUUGAACCAAUGAAAAAGCACCUUUCAACAAGAGGCUGUAUGUAAAUUAAGUGAUCACAAGGCUCUUGGAGGGCCUUUAAAAAGACWAAUGACCAUACCGAGGUAUAUUAGUAGUAUCUGUUUCACGGGUUUCUGAACUUGACUUGAACGURGGACUUAAAUUGUUCCAAGGAUUUUUGUAAGCCAUUCUUAAGCCUUGUUCAAGCGGAAGUAUGAGUCCACACACAUUUGACUUGCGAUCAAACGAACCACAAUACUCGGGUUUUGUGACCACGGACAGAGCAUUGAUCCGAGGCGUCAAGUGGUACGGCCCCCGAGGGGUUUGGGGGGGACUCCGGGGUAAAAGUACCGGGGAUGCUCGCCUUAUAUCUCAGGCGUAAAAAUUAGUAAUUGGAAAUCUUUUAGGGUGACAAUUUGGAGUUUCUGGAAAUUUUCAUUUUUUGCAAUCUCUCAGGGUGUCGGAAAAGARCACAUCGGUCGAUAUUGAUUGUCCUCUGCGUUUUUAUCAUUGUUGUGAAAUCUCUUAGGGUUUAAAAAUCAGUCAGCCAUACCCUUUUUUCAAGACUUCCGAAAUCUUUAAGGGGUCUUUUUCCGACGAGCAUCCCCGGUACUUUUAUACCCCUCACCCCCCCUGGCUUCGUUCAAUGCUUUGCUCGUGGCCUGUGAACCUACAAUCAUUGCCAAAAUAUGUUGGCACGGUUCAAAACACUUUAUAAUUUAGAGGGCUCGCGUUGGAACUCGAGUUUUUUUCCCCCCCUCCCUACCCCCGGGACAAUGUUGGGGUCCGUAAAGAACAACUAGAUCACCAUCUUUCUGACGACAUCAAAGGUAAUGAUCAGACUUCACAGCAACACUGUAGGGAGGGGGUGGGGAGGCGGUGCCCUUGUAUGAAUACUAAUGAAAAGUCAUGAAAAGAGGCGUGCGUGCCAACAAUUUUGUCAAUGAUUGUAGGUAUGGAGAUUCGUGAAUUGGAACUGGAGAUAAUUCAUUGUAGUUAUAAAUACUUAUAUUAUGAUGGAGCUGCUUUCUGUCUUUGUGAAAUAAAUGGCAUGCAUUGUUCCAGUUUAGCCAUUUUCCUGUUUUCACAAGACAGGAAACGACUUGAAAAUGUAAUUAUGAACUAAUAGACUUAAGUUUUUGUAAAUAUAACAGUAAAUUACGAAACAAGGAUACAUUAGUAGAUCUAUGUAAAAAAGUUAAUUUUGAAAAUAAAAACCUCCCGGGKAAUCAUACUUAUCA